CGCUAUCGUCAGUAUUUUGUUAGCAACCAAACAGUGAAGAUCGCAAGUUUGAGUGAAUUUCACUCAAUUUCACUAAAUAAAAGCAUUAGAUAUUAAUACAUUUGUCAAAUUAAAUCGUCGCAAAAUGUCAUUAGUACCUUUGUUAUUCUCUGAUUGGUGGGAGACUCUGGAUCGCCCGCAUCGUCUCUUGGAUCAGAAUUUCGGAUUAGGCCUUUAUCCGGACCAAUUGUUAUCACCGAGCCGAUUGGAGUUAUGUUUACAACCACGAAGAGGAAACGUUUACAUCUCCAGACCGAACUGGGCUGAACUGUUUCGCAGUGACAGAGGCAGUUCAACUGUUCAAGCAGACAAAGAUAAAUUCCAAGUUGUACUUGACGUUCAACAGUUUGAACCUCAUGAAAUCGAUGUUAAGGUCGUUGAUAAAUUUGUCGUUGUUACGGCAAAGCAUGAGGAAAAACGCGAUGAGCAUGGUUGGAUUUCACGUCAGUUCGUCAGAAAAUAUCUGAUUCCAGAGCAAUGUGAUCUUGAACAAGUCUCAUCGAAGUUAUCAUCUGAUGGCGUUCUUACUAUCACUGCUCCAAGAAAGGAUCAAGGAAAUGUAGAGAAUGAACGAGUAAUCAAAAUCGAGCAAACCGGUAAACCAGCAAUCCAGACGAAACCACCCAAGCAGCAGCAGAACCAAAAUGAAGAAAACGAAGAGAAGAAAUAAAAGUUUCAAUUAGAUAUUUCUGCCAUUUAUGAAAUUUCCUAAUAUAACUAUUAUUGUUGAAUUACAAUUAAAUUCCUAUCGCAACAUUUAAAAUUAUUAUAGUAUUAUUAAAGAUGUGAUGUAAUAUAUAUUGUGAAUAGUUAUUUCAUUUUUUUUUAUGUAUAUUGUUUUCAUAAUUACGUAAAUAGAUAUAUAUGUAUAUGUUAUAUAAUUAUUUCUGCCAAUAUAGAUUUAUAAGAUUUA